AGCGCCAUUGUGGUCUUCCGGUGGUAGCUCGCGUGUUGUUCCACUCGUGUCAGUCUUUUCCGGUAGGACAUCAAGAUGACGGGCUUCAGCCAGAAGCCAAUAUUAAUAGAUGGCCGCGGCCAUUUACUUGGACGAUUGGCUGCUAUUGUUGCCAAGACCAUCCUGCAAGGCAACAAGGUUAUCGUUGUUCGCAGCGAACAACUGAACAUUAGUGGUAACUUCUUCAGAAACAAAUUGAAGUUUAUGUCUUUCCUGCGUAAAAGAUGUAACGUAAAUCCUGCACGUGGUCCAUUCCAUUUUCGUGCACCUAGCAAGAUCUUUUGGAAAACAGUCCGUGGUAUGAUUCCACACAAAACACAGAGAGGAAAAGAUGCUCUUAGGCGAUUGAAAGUUUAUGAAGGGUGUCCACCACCAUAUGACCGCAGGAAACGUGUCGUUGUACCUGGUGCUAUGAGAGUUAUGUGUCUCAAACCAGGUAGAAAGUACUGUCAUGUGGGUAGAUUGUCUCAUGAAGUUGGAUGGAAGUACAAGGAUGUGGUUCGCACAUUGGAAAAUAAGAGACGUGUCAGAUCCAUCCUUGAAGUUCAAAAGCGAAAUAAGCUUAAGAAACUCACCAAACAAGCUGGUGAAGCAGUUGCCAAAGCAACGGCACCAUACACAGCGAUCAUUAAUAAUUUUGGAUACAAUUAAUAUCGUUACAAAAAUAAUAAAGCUUCUUAAACAUCUUAAUUCAGAGUAAUUAUUUAUAAAGAAAUGUGAUCUUGAAUAUUUUCUAAAAUGAAGAAAUUAAAAGUAGUCAAAAAUUAUAAAAAACAAGUCUAACUUAUAAUUUAAACUGCAUGUCUUGACGCAUCGCAAUUUUAAAAUUUGGAUGGGGAUGACAUCCAUAUAUCUUUUAUGUCAAGUGUUGGUUUUCACACGUUAGUAAUAGAGAGUAAUAUCUUUCGGGCUAUCAAUCAUAUUUUUGCAAAAUUCAAAAAA